ACUAAAAUGUUAAUGGGUGAAGUGAUGAGAGAAGCUGCCUUCUCACUAGCUGAGGCCAAGUUCACAGCAGGGGACUUCAGCACCACAGUUAUCCAAAAUGUAAAUAAAGCCCAAGUGAAGAUUCGAGCGAAGAAGGAUAAUGUAGCAGGUGUUACUUUGCCAGUAUUCGAACAUUACCAUGAAGGAACUGACAGUUAUGAACUGACUGGUUUAGCCAGAGGUGGAGAACAACUGGCUAAACUGAAGAGGAAUUAUGCCAAAGCAGUGGAACUAUUGGUGGAACUAGCUUCACUGCAGACUUCCUUUGUUACUUUGGAUGAAGCUAUUAAGAUAACCAACAGGCGUGUAAAUGCCAUUGAACAUGUCAUCAUUCCCCGGAUUGAACGUACGCUUGCUUAUAUCAUCACAGAACUGGAUGAGAGAGAGCGAGAAGAGUUCUAUAGGUUAAAGAAAAUACAGGAGAAGAAAAAGAUUCUCAAGGAAAAAUCUGAGAAGGACUUGGAGCAACGGAGAGCUGCUGGAGAGGUGAUGGAGCCUGCUAAUCUUCUGGCUGAAGAGAAGGACGAGGAUCUUCUGUUUGAAUAAUCUUUCCUGCUCUCUUCUUUCAGAAACCCUAACACUGGCUGCAUUUUAAUUCACAAUGUGUAGGUUUGGUAUGUGUGGCAAUUUACUUUUUGGCCUAAGAAUUUCACUGGGGGUGAUUGGUUAGCUCACUUGAUUAGAGUGUGGUGCUAACACCGAGGUUUGGAUCCCUGUACUGGCCCCAGCUGCCAAAAAGAAAAUUUCACUGGUUAUAAAAUUUACCUGGAUGUCCACUUACGGGAUUACUUUCACAGAAUCAUAAUCACAGAUCAAAGAGAUUUGUAAAACCUGUCCAGCAACUUAUAGAAUUUAUUCUACCUAAGUGUAAUCGUACUCCAUUUACAUCUGCGUUACACAUGACCUGCUUACGUGGAAACUUUAGUGAUCUCAGGCCAACUACCGUGGAGCAGCCUUCAUUCCUACCCACUUGAAACACCAUUGUCAGACAGCUGCAAUCAUCCUUGUGUUACUGUACUUCUCUCCUCAAGCUUUCUGAAAACCAUCACUUUUCCUUGCAUGACAGGUCUGUCUUGUCUGUCAUGGCAGCAAUUCUGCCAAUUUAAAUGUGAUUAUGGUAUAAACAGUAAAAUUAUUUAAAAAUAA